AUGCAAAUCUCAUUUCUAACACUGGUACCAUUUCUAGCAUCUGGGCUAGCAAAUGUCGCACUUGCUGAAAUCUGCUGCGCCUAUGGUGCCACAUCACCAGUAGGUGAUGUUAGUCGUUCAGUGGGGUUUAAGCAGUCUCUUGCCAGAGGCCCUCUCGAAACUGGCACAAUUGAGUUCCCCACUGCUCCGUACAGCUGCAAAAUUACGGUUGAUCGCGGCGCCAAUCUCCCCUGCAAGCAGUGGCGAUAUGUAAAAAGUUCUGGAAACUGCCUUGUUCAGGCUCUUAACUUCGACACUGAAUCGACUCCUUUCAGUUGCACAAGCCAUAAACCUAUCUUCUAG